AUGUCGUCGCGUCUGUCGCCGUGCCUGGCCGUGGUCGCGCUGCUCGCGAUCGCAGCGUACACCUUGUACCGCACCCGAGCGGAGCACCGCGUCGAGAUCCCUCCCGUGCGAGAGCUCGCGGUGGCGGUGCAGGCUGCCAACGGGCUCUACCUGGCUGUCGGCGAGGACGGGCUGGUGCGGGCAGGCAGCAGGUCGCCCACCGCGCAGCAGGCGGCGCGCUUCCGGUUGCUUCCAGUGUCGCAGUCGUCCGCACACGAGCUGCAGCGCCUCUCCGCCGCCCACGAGCUCCGCUCCACCGCCACCAAGCGGCGGACGCGAUCGGGAUGUGAGUGCUCCGGCUUUUCGUCAGACUACGGAUUCGGGCGGUACUGCCACGAGUGGGAGAGCUCCUUCGAAGACCCGUGGUGCUAUGUCGACGACGCAUGUGCCGGCGGACGCUCCAAACGGGGCUCCUUUGGCCGCAGGCAUGAGACCAACGAGCACGGGUAUGGCGCGCACUGCGCCGCGUGGGAGAAGCAGCACGACGAGUGGCAGACGCCGUGGUGCUAUGUGGACGCCGCCUGCCCGUCCGGGCGCUCGGGCUCGUUCGGGCGCAAGCACGCGGACUGCGUGCAGCCGGAGGUCAUGAUGUACUCUCGCUCGCGUCGCGAGCGCAAGUUUGCCCGGCGGGAGGCGGCCGAGAGGCAGGCGCAGGAGGUCGCCAGGCAGGCGUCUGACUUCUUUAUGCUCGUCUCCGAGCGGACCGGCGCCUUCCUCGCCGCGCUGAUGCUCCGCUCGACGGACGCGAAGCUGAGCGACGCCGCCGUCCUCGCGCGCAUGCCAGACGGACGCAUCCUCGCCGCCGCCGCACGGUCCUUCCUCAAUCUGUGCGGCCCCUUCUCCUCCCUCUCGUCCGGCGAGGCCGAGACGGGGCAGGCUGUCUGCGCGGGCACGCGCGAGUCGGCCGACGAGCCGCACUUCAAGCUGCUGCGCGGCAACCACGCCAUGCAGAUCAACACGACUGUGCUCCGCAUUCAGCCACUGUGAGGGAAGAGCUGCGGGGCGCAGCGCCGCCAGCGCAUGGCUUCCCCUCGGGCUCGUGUGCAGAAUGGAGACAAGUGUGUAGCUGCGUGUGUCUCUGAGAGAGAGUCUCCGAGAUAGCGUGGUGAUGGACCGAAUUUGCGUUUUGCGCUGCCUCUUGCGCGCGUGUGUCUUGAGUGUAAUUCACGAUCAGGUUUUAUAUA